UUACUUAUGUGGUUGGUUGUGAAGAAACCAAACCAAACCAAACCAUUUGGUAGGGUAAGUAAAGUCUCUUUUGCUUGCUUAUGGUUGUGUUGUGGCAUUGAAUGAAUUUUCAAGAAAAUGUCAGCACUAACCCCCAUCAUUCUAUACAAACCCACCAGCACCACAAGAACAACCAUCAUCUCAUACGCAUUCCUUCUUCUCCCCAGUCUUAAAUCUCUGAAAAUCGUUUCAAACCCUGAAUUUCCCUCCUCGAGAUUGCUUUUCUCUGGUGAAUUUGUUUCCCGGAAACCUGUUUUGGGGUGUAAAAGAGCCAGGAAUCGGAGUCGUCCGAACACCAUGACUGGGUCGAUUUCAAGUUCUGGUUACAGGGGAAGUAGUAGUGAUGAAGGUGUUAGAGUUCUUCAACAAGAUUCUUCCAUUCAUGGAUCCUCUGAGUUUCCCCCAAAUUUCACUGUCGUCAGACUCGAAUCCACCCUCAAUCGUCUGAGCAAGUGGAUUGUUACUGCACUUUUUGGUGCAAUCCUUCUUUGGAGGCAUGAUGCCGAAGCAUUAUGGGCUGCUAUGGGUUCAGUUGCAAAUGUUGGGCUCUCAACUGUACUGAAACAGUUACUAAACCAAGAGCGACCUGUUUCUAACUUGAGAUCUGACCCUGGAAUGCCAUCUUCGCAUGCACAAUCCAUCUUCUUCACCUUUGUAUUUGCUGUUUUUUCAAUGGUUGAGAACCUUGGGAUAAAUGAACUUACAAUAGCUCUUAGUGUCCUUACUUUGGCAUUUGGUGCAUAUCUGUCAUGGCUACGAGUUUCACAACAACUCCAUACGAUCAGCCAAGUGGCGGUGGGUGGUGUCUUGGGAUCAAUUUUCUCCAUUUUGUGGUUUUGGUUAUGGAAUGCAAUUGUGCUGAAGGCGUUUACAUCCUAUUUUGUCAACAGGAGCUUAAUUCUUUUGGAGGAUCAACAACAUAUGAAAUACAAGUUUACACAGCAGUUCUUUGCCAUUUUGUUUUCUUCUCUCAGUCAAUCUGCCACAAUAUUUCAUUGUGCACGAGUGUAUACAUGUCGUGUGUGUAUAGGAUAAUGAACAUUAACUCUUCCUCCACAAGUUAUAUGGUGGCAGCAGAACUGAAGUCCUUGAUGCAAGUGGUUAUGAUCCUAUGACUCUGUCAUUGAAUGGCCGCACGGGCUGCUCAAUAAAGAUCCCAUGGUAGGGCUGGUGAUUGUGAUUCUACCGUUGUCCCAAUUUAAGCCACUGGACAGUCGCCUUCUGAGAAGCAGUUUUCCGUUAUAUCAUAGUCUAAGCAAUAAAGUGUUUUGUGGUCUCAGCCAGUGCUUAACUCUUCAACAGAAAAUUCAUUUGAUAGCUUGCACUCAGUCAGAUGGAAGAUGCUGGCUGGCUCCCGCUAUCGGAUUUUCUUGAUGGACAAAUGCAUCACUGCAACUCAGUUAAGGUUAUCCGUGUUCCAUUUAGGGCUUCUUGAAUUUCUCUGGUUACAGUCCCAGAGCCAAGGAAAAUGGGAAAACACAAUCUGAUUGUAGAACACAACCCGAGAGAUGUAUCAUUUUUAUUUUAUAUUUUUUGAAAAGGAGAAAAAAGGUAGUACCGAACAGUUCAUCAGUUAAUAACUUACAAGAAUUCUAUCACAGAAA